UCCGCCUGGCAGCAGAAGAAUAACCAUCGUCGUCGGGCCCAUUAGUUUGGCAAAUACGUCGACGGCGCUCGUCUCGGUAGUCGGAUUGUUGUGUUUUGUCCGUGCGGAUCCUGCAACAAUCGGUUGUUUCUGGUUAGAAAGGGUUGAAGAAGAAGAGAACAACGCAGGAAGAUCAAGUACCGAUGAUUGUCUACGCAACGCAGUUGCGUCGUGAAUAGGUGACAAUAGACAGCUAGUUAUACGCAGCAGUUCGACAGGAACCGAAAUCCGGUGUGUCAGAAGCGGUGAAAAAGAGGUGAAGUGCAUUCGGUGGUUCGUGUACAAAUUAGGUUCGGUUUAUUGAUUUUCCUCCUCCGGAUCCGGAUAAUAUGUGGUGAAGGUGCACCAGCGGAAAGCAGAACCGGUGGCAGGGGUGGGAAAAGUGAGAGAUAUGUACACGAAUUAGAGUAUAGUAGGCGCACACGCUGCUCGUGGCGAAGAAGGAAGAGUAUCAGCAGCAGCAGCAGCAAUAGCACAGAGUCGGCCAGCGGCACCGAUGGUGGCGGCCGGUGACGUGAGGAAUGUGUGUGGGACCCAAGUCCAAGUCUCGCAGCAGCAGCAGCAGCAGCAAGCAAGCAAAGCAGAAAUCCAUCCGUUGAGAGAAUCGUCGGGGGAAAGUAAGGUUGAAUUUUUCAGCUCAUUUUAGCUGUACCCGUUAGCGGAUCACAACAUCUCGGACACGACGGUGCAAAGUUGUCGCACCGCCCCGCGAACCGUGAACUGUGUCGGAGUCGGAGCAAGAGUAAGAACGUUCCGCGCGCCGAAGGGAGAGAUAGUGCAGUGCUUGCAGUAACGGUGAAGAAUCAGUUGUGACACAAUCUGCUCGGGUGCCUCUCGGGUAGAAGACAAGUGGCGACACCGGACCCCGCAGUCGGUGUGCGUGUAUAACAAAGAAAAUAGAAUUGCCAGUGGCAAACCAGGGAUACACCCAACUGAUUCGUACCAACUACGAAAGAUUGUAGAUGUUUUGUUCUCGCUAGAUUGUUUGAGGAAUUCAGCUUAACGAGUUCGGUGUCCAACCAAUACAUUCCGUGUGCUAAGAUCGAUAGCCGUGAAGUGCAAAGUGACGACCAAAUGGUGUAGAUUAGGCAGCUCUGUGAUGGUUUUGUAGGGGGCAGUAAAGUAUAGUGGUUAAUUUUUUGCUCAGUGCUUAGUGGUGCAAGUGGUGGAUACUAAGCGCUGCGUAACUCGACUCGGAGGUGCAGGAAGAGGAAGAGGAGAGUGCAUGUCACGACCGAGUAGAGUGUUUGGUAUAAUUUUCAACUGCCUUGCCGACCGAUCGAUGGGUCACCACCACCAUUUUUAGUGAAGCAAGGGAACGGGCAGAGAAGUAGCGGAGCAAUAAGAAGAAGAAGAAGAAGGGAAUGAAGCAAAUCAAAGGUGACGAGGAGAAAAAGUAGAAGCAGUUAAAAAGCAGAAAAUGGAAAAAUAUGUGUGCGCUACUCUCGCUAGUAGUGGCCGUGGUGAAGUGUAGCGGAGGCUAUAUUGGCAACAUAGCAGAAAUUAAUAUUGUUUAAGAAGAAUAAGUCGAGACGGGGACGAUCAGAGCGGAGUUGGUCGAAGAAUACUGCUAAGCAAACCCAACAGAGGGAGGAGGAAGAAAACGUGGUGAAGUAGAAGAAGCAAGUGGUGUAUUGAGUAAAACGAGAGUGGCGAAACGUGUACAACGUUCAGGGGAAAGAGAGUAAUAUCAAAUGCACAUAGUUGUUUUUUUCCUUGCUGUUGUGAUUGUUAUUAUUGCUGUUAUUUUGCAUCUAUAAAACCGUUCCCAGCGCACUACUGGGUAUGAGAGCGCGCACCAAUACUGUUCCAGGGACGUAAACAAGCAGUACACCCACAAACGCGAAGCGCGGCGGAGUGAGAGUGGAGUGCGCGACGUGACCGAAAAGUGCAACAGCAGUAGAGAAAUCUACGAACAACACUAGUGUCUUUGUUCGCGACUUCGUGGAAAAUUUUUGCCCAGCCUCCAGUGUCAUGCCUCAGCAGAAUCUGCUGCCGUCGAACAACUUGCUCCGGCUGCUGAAGAUCCGUAGUCAGCAGCCGUCGCCACCGCAGGAGGAUUCCCGGAGAGGAAGUCCUCCAAGGAUCCCCCACUUCGGCAGUGGCCUUCGGAAGCACUAAAGGAAGCAUAAUUCUUCCGCUCGGUGCUCUCGGGUACACAGGUGUACCCGGGAACGAAUCCGCGGUAGAAAUCGCCGAUAUCGGGCACCCCCUCGGGGGAAAACGAAAAACACGCACAGUGGUAAGAAAAACGGCACACUCAAUGAAGAAUAAGCCGCCACCAAAGAAGAAGCAGAAGCAACAACAGCAACAGCUAUUACCCCAAUCCCAACAACAACAACAGCAACAGCAGCAGCCGCAGAAGAAAAACUUGGAUAUCAUGUUGAGCUCUUCCUAUUACAUCUAUAUGUCUGCCGGUACUCAAUUGCAGAUGGCACCACAGACAACCAUAGUACAACAAGUCGGCCAAAAUCAUCUCCAUUCGCAUCAUCUUCAGCACCCGCAGCAGCAGCAACAGCAGCAGCAGCAGUCGGCACACCAGGUGCAGCAACCCCCGCAGCACUACAGCAAUCAUCAGCAGCAGCAGCCGCCACCGCCACCACCUCCGCAAGGAACCCUACCCGGUGGAUUGGGCGGACCGCCCUCAAUCGGUACGCUCACUAGCCUGCAGCAGCAACAGCAACAGUCACACUACACCAACAACAACAAGGACCAGGACUCGAACAUGAGCACCGGGUCGUCGCAUAGUGAUAAGGAGCUAGAUACUAUAAUCAAUACCCCGACGCCGGAGAAGAUUCCCCGGACGCCGUCGGAUCGGAAGCGGAAACGGAAAGCACCGGACGACAACGGUGGCCCCGGCGGAGGAGGUGGAGGAGGAGGCGUCGGAGUCGGUGGUCAUGGAGGUCGUGAUAGGGAUAGUGUUAAGGGUCCGCGGUUGUCGAUACCACAAUUAGGUGAUAGUAAGAAAAUUAAUGACUACUUUUCCAAGCAUCCGGUGAACUGUCAACACCGGUCACAUCCGGCCGGUACCGGAGCCGGUGGUCCUCUAGGAGCAAUAAGCAAUUCUGGCCCACAGGCACAGCCUGGCCACACUGUCCCUGUCAGUGGCGGUGGGGUUGUCGGUGUAGUAAGUCAAGGGCCAAGCCCACAACUUUCCGCCAAAAGUCCCAGUCCCCAGCAGCAUGGUCAGUAUCCAAUGUAUCCACCUAGUCCUCAACCACAGCUCGGUUCUGUGGUCACCUCCAGUGGUAAUCUUACCAGCGCGGCCGCGGCGCAGGAUAUCUACGUACGAUCCCAGCGCGCUAGUGCCGCAUCUUCCACACUAGUUCCUCCAUCGUCAGCAUCCGCCACGUCGUUACUAAACUCAUCCUCAUCUGUCGUUUCCGCUGGUGGUGUAGUCGUUCCAAACGCCCAGCAACAACAACAACAGCCAGCACAUCGAGAUCGAGAUUCUCAGCCACCUCCACCUCCCCUGCCUCCUCCCCCAGUUGGUCCUGCUCAGCAACAGCAGCAGCAGCAGCAGCAACAACCACAGUCGACACAACAGCCAGCGGUGGUACAAUCGCCGACUGUCCUGGGGACCCAGAACUCUUCACUAGCCAUCAAUAGUCUAGCGUCGUUAAAUCAUGCCAACAAUGGUACCAACACUAGCAACAGUAGUAGUCACAGUCUACAGAAUGCCCAAUCGUUAGUAGCUCAAUCAACCCCCCUGAUACAGUCGCAACCUCCGACGCCCCCGGCGCCGCUCAUGGUCUCCGCGCAGACCCAGACGGAUCUCACGCUGGCGGACAUCGUCGAGCGGGACAGCGACUACGAAAGCUCACGGACCCGGGUCGACGAACUGUCCCGGUUAUCGGACGAGCAGAAAUGCCAAAUCAGCGCGCACCAGAAGGUGAUCGAGCAGCACAAGAGUCACAUCAACAAGUGCAUCGACGUCGUCAAGAAGCUGCUCAAGCAGAAGAGCAACAUCGAGAAGAAGGAGGCGCGGCAAAAGUGCAUGCAGAACCGGCUACGGCUCGGCCAGUUCGUGACGCAACGGGUCGGGGCCACCUUCCAGGAGAACUGGACCGACGGUUACGCAUUUCAGGAGCUGGCUAAACGCCAGGAGGAGAUCACUGCCGAGCGGGAGGAGAUCGAUCGCCAGAAGAAGUUGCUCAUGAAGAAACGGCCGACGAACAGCGAGAGCAGUCGGAAGCGAAACAAUUCCAGCACGUCGUCUUCGGUGGCGGCCAGUUCGGGGGUUUCCAGCGGGUCGGCCAGCACCCAGCUGGCCUCGUCGCUGCACAACGGCAACGACAACACGUUCCUAAAGCCGGACCCGGUGGUCAGCAGCAAUACCACCUUCACCAUCCAGGAGUACUACGAGUGCGACGAGAUACUGAAACUGCGGCAGAACGCCCUCAAGAAGGAGGACGCCGACCUGCAGCUGGAGAUGGAGAAGCUCGAACGGGAACGGAAUCUGCACAUCCGGGAGCUGAAGCGGAUACACAACGAAGAUCAGUCACGUUUCAACAAUCAUCCCGUGCUGAACGAUCGGUAUCUGCUGCUGAUGCUCCUGGGCAAGGGCGGCUUCUCCGAGGUGCACAAGGCGUUCGAUCUGAAGGAGCAACGGUACGUUGCCUGCAAGGUGCAUCAACUGAACAAAGACUGGAAGGAAGAUAAGAAAGCUAACUAUAUUAAGCAUGCGCUGCGGGAAUACAACAUUCACAAGGCGCUCGAUCACCCGCGGGUGGUCAAACUGUACGAUGUGUUUGAGAUCGAUGCCAACUCAUUCUGCACCGUGCUGGAAUACUGUGAUGGGCAUGAUUUGGAUUUCUAUCUGAAGCAGCACAAGACGAUACCGGAGAAGGAGGCUCGAUCGAUCAUCAUGCAGGUGGUAUCGGCGCUGAAAUACCUAAACGAAAUCAAACCCCCGAUCAUCCACUACGACCUGAAGCCGGGCAACAUCCUGCUGACGGAGGGCAACGUUUGCGGUGAGAUCAAAAUUACCGACUUCGGUCUGUCCAAGGUAAUGGACGAAGAGAACUACAAUCCGGACCACGGUAUGGAUCUAACGUCACAAGGUGCUGGAACUUAUUGGUAUUUGCCGCCGGAGUGUUUUGUCGUCGGCAAGAACCCGCCGAAGAUUUCCUCCAAGGUGGACGUGUGGAGCGUCGGGGUGAUAUUCUACCAGUGUCUGUACGGCAAGAAGCCAUUCGGGCACAACCAAUCGCAGGCAACGAUCCUCGAGGAGAACACCAUCCUGAAGGCGACCGAGGUGCAGUUCGCCAACAAACCGACCGUCUCGAAUGAAGCGAAGAGCUUCAUCCGGGGCUGCCUGGCCUACCGCAAGGAGGACCGGAUGGACGUGUUCGCGCUGGCCAAGCACGAAUACCUGCAGCCGCCGGUUUCCAAGCACAACCGAUCGGCGGCGGCGGCCGCCUCCAGCAAUCAGCACGGCAGUGGCAACAGCGGAGUCAGUGGCCAGGCCGGAGCUGGCAGUGGUGCAGGCGGGGGCGGUGGCGGUUCCGGUGGAUCGGCCGGCGGUGGUGGCAACCAGGCCGGACAACAGACGUCCUUUUCCACGGGGAUGUUUGGCAACAUGAACCAGUCUAGUUCGUCUUAGCUGUUUUUCAACAGCAGUUUGUUGAAAAGCGCUGCUGGGGCUAACAAUAAUAACCACAACAAUAACAACAAUAGCCACAUCGUCAUCAACAAUGUUGGCAGCACUGUACUUGCCACUGUUGCCAACACUGUGACGACUGCGGCUAUCGCUCCUCCGAUGACGACGACCGCGACGACGACGAAUGCGAUCAACAUAGCAACGAUUACUGCUGCCUGUGGUAAUCUGACCAAUAGUAACAAUAACCAUAGACUCAUCAACAGUAUCAUCAGCAGCAACAACAACAACGUUUCGCCGCCAACGUCAUCAAAAUCAUCCAAGUAGGCAUCGACCCAGAGGCGGCGCCUACUCCGUUAGUCAAGGUCAAUCUGAAAUGUUCGUACUACGUAAGUAAAACAAAACAAGCAAAUGUGAUGUGCUUAGCAGAAAAAAAAAUCCCCAUAAACUGCGUGAUAUUUAAAAAAAACAAUAGAUGGUCCCCACAAAUACACGCAGACGUGUGGAUAAAUGCACGAAUGCGCUCGCCCCUUAACCCUGGAAACUAACCCCUCAAAACAAGAAAAAAAGUCAAUGUUCGCUGUAUAAAAACCAAAAAAAAAAAAACAAACAAAUCUCGUUCAUAAAUGAUGUUCCAACACACAAUAGCAGAAGCAGACUUUAUGAAACACAAAACAGAAAACUAGUAGCUCGUGUAAGUAAACUUGGAUACAGCAGAAUCAAAUCCUAACGGAAACCAGGGAAGUUUGUCGCUGCGCAUGUAACACGAAAUACAGAAGCAAUCGAGUAUAGGGAGGCAGAGAAGUAAGGAAAUACGUUGGACGCGCACAGGAGACUUUACUGAGGAGGAGAAAGCAUGAUGAUAUCGGUGGUUUCCGCGAUUUAAGUUGUUGAUUUAGCGAGUAGUUUGAGAUUUUUUUCUUUUACAUUAUUUUACAUUUUUCGUUUCGAAUGAAAAAAAAGAUUAAUGGGACAAAACGAAUGCAGAUCGAAAUUUUCGCGAUAGACAGAAAUAAAGAUUUUCGAUUUGGAUUGUACCUACACAAAGAUCAGAGCACGGAUUACAAUUUACUAGUAUUUUUGGUUUUUGGUCGAUUUAUCGCAAUUCGACAAUAGGUAGGUACUCCACGUGAAAGUGAAAGUAAUCACUUAAUAGAGUAAGCGAAUGACAAUUAAUCAAGUGGAACUGUAAAUGGGAGAUAAUAAAUGUAUAAAGUAUGUAAAACCCAGUGUUUGGAAAAUUCAAGACAAUUUUGUCACGGCGAAAUUGAAUGUAAUCAAUAAAUAUCGCUGGUUGUAUGUCAUUGAAGUGUUCUUUUCAACAAUCUAAGUCGCGUUCAAGAUUACUCAAAAAACAUGCUUACUACAACCAUCGCUCCUGGUUUUGCGUAAGUGUUCACCGAUUCGUCCACAUUUUUGGCCGUUCAUACAAAAGUAUAGUUCAUCGUGAACCGGAAUAUGUCAAUUGAGAUGUUUUAUAGAUGAUAUAAAUGCAUAUCCAUACUCGUAGCAACAAUGACCGAAUGUUGUUCGAUCUCUAAUUCCACUAAAUACUAUAUUCAAUACAUAGACGCCGGCCACGUCCUUACCACUGUUCCACAUUACUAUGUUCGAGACAUUGCCAUCAAUUUCGGUCUGCAAUCAUUUUGCGAUCCAGAAAAUCUUAUAAUUUUUAUCACAAUCGAACUGCUUUAACUGGACCAUGACCGAUUGUAUAUGUCGGUGGUCCGCAGUUCACACACAUUUUUUUCUCAACAUUACUAUUAUUUAGCGACCAAGAGAACAUGCGGAGUCGUUGCGGAAGCGAAAAACAAAAGUGGAGAAAAACGCCCUGCAGCAAACGGACUAAGAAUAGAGAAGACGAAAAACCGAAAAUAAAGCAAAAAAAAAAUGUUGACAAAAGAGUGAAGAGCAAAAUAUGAGAGCGUCGUGUACAUUUUCGAGGACGAGAGUAAGAGAGAUGAAGCGAGAAGAAACAGGAGAAACGAUAAAGGAUAGGAUGUUUUGUUGUUUGUUGAUUCCAUUGAAACGAAAGAAAGCAACACAGGAUAAGGAGGAGGAACGAAGAUCCGAAACGGAGGAAGCAAAAUGCACGCGUGCUAGCAAAAGAGAAGCAAAUCCAACAAGAUGGCGUCCACUGUUAUAAGGUGGAUGGCAAUGCGCGUGCGAUGGGAGUUGAAAACUUUCUUUCGUUAUUAUUUUUUGUACAUAUACCGAUUAGUGUUUGUUUUAUCAUUAUGAAUUAUUACGAAUUACGAUUUAAUACUGAGCAAAAAAGGAAAACAAUAAAACACACUCAUAUUGAUGCUGAAGAUAGGAGAAAAUGUGGAUGAGAAAAUGCAAGAGAGAGAGCGAGAGAGACCAUUUUUGCAAAUCGGAUUUCAUCGUUUAGGGAUGAAACCGGUUCAAUUAAAAGAAAUUGAGACAAUUUCCUUCUUUCUCAAAAUGAGAGAUAUGAAGGAAAUGGAACCGUGUUGAACGAAUAUUACUAAACACUCACACACACAUUCAGCUUGCGAAGCGCCGAUAUUGGAUUCUCUCUUGUUUCCUUGAACAAAAGAGAGUUUGAAACAAGAAAUAAAGAGAGAGGAACAGAAGAGAAGAAUGCCAAAAGGCUCUAGCGACAUUUUAUUGGAAUUCUUUUUUAAUUACUUGAUAGGGAAACCAAAUAUAACUGCGUGCGUUUCUUUCGUGUGAGUGAGGGGUACUCAAAUCUUGCUAGUGGUGUGCGUGCGAUGGCGGGAAUGAGCGUGAAAAUGUGAACGUGUGACGAAGCUUAACACAUCCUUGAGAAUUAGAUAAAAGUAAUAUCUCGCAGGAAGAGAAAACUAAGAAAAUAAAACAAAAAAGCUGUGUUUUCUUUUCUCUUAAAACACACAUAGUAAACUCUAUCAAUAGAAAAAAAAAUCGUGAAAAGCAUAGGUUGAAUAAAAAAUGCGAUGUAAUCUCUUCUUAACUUCUUAAGGAAAUGAAAAUCAAGUAAACAAAAACGACAAAAGCUAAACCAACGUGAUGAAAUUUGAGGUCAAUGCUUUUUUCGCGAAUUCACAUCUCUCCCAUCACACAUUGACUCGAACAAACACACACACUCACACCUACAUUCAACCACACUCGCAAACAUUCACACAUACACUCGUACAUACACUCGUACACACACUUUCAUUACUAGAAUAUUGCGCUCAAAAUCGAGAAGAGAAGAAACACAAGACAAAACUAACCAAUUCGUGGUGAGUCAAGCCAGGAAACGAGUGGAGAAAAAGGCGUAAUAAGAAAACAAUGAAAAUCUUAAAAAAUAUUCAUCCAGACAUUAAAAGGAAACAAACCAAGCUUAUUAUUAGCAGUUGAAAUAUCAAGUUUAGUGGUUAAAUUCAAAUAAUCAAUAAAGAGAACGAAGAGAAGGAUGAUGACACUCACACACACAAACGCUGCUUGACGCAGCGAGAAAGAGAGCGAACAGGAGAGUAGCAGAAGGAAGUCAAGCUCCACCAAUGGGAGCGUGUGAAAACAAAUCCAAAAAUGCGAAACGCAUACACAAAAA